UCCCUCAAUUUCCGUGUCCAACUCUUCAACUUUAUUCCUAUAAAGCAAGCCCAACUCCUUCAUUGUUUCAUCGUUCAGAUUCAAUACAUUUUCAUUUUUGUGAAGCAAAAAAUCAAAACUCUCUCAAGAUGCAAAUCUUCGUGAAAACCCUUACCGGCAAGACCAUCACUCUCGAGGUCGAGAGCUCAGACACCAUCGACAACGUCAAGGCCAAGAUCCAAGACAAGGAAGGAAUUCCCCCAGACCAGCAAAGGCUGAUCUUCGCCGGAAAGCAACUCGAGGACGGCCGCACCCUCGCCGACUACAACAUCCAGAAGGAAAGCACCCUCCAUCUCGUCCUCCGUCUCCGCGGUGGCAUGCAGAUCUUCGUCAAGACCUUGACGGGAAAGACCAUCACCCUCGAGGUCGAGAGCUCCGACACCAUCGACAACGUCAAGGCCAAGAUCCAGGACAAGGAAGGCAUCCCACCGGACCAGCAGAGGCUCAUCUUCGCCGGAAAGCAGCUCGAGGACGGCCGCACCCUCGCCGACUACAACAUCCAGAAGGAGUCCACCCUCCAUCUCGUCCUCCGUCUCCGCGGUGGCAUGCAGAUCUUCGUCAAGACCCUCACUGGCAAAACCAUCACCUUGGAGGUCGAGAGCUCCGACACCAUCGACAACGUGAAGGCUAAAAUCCAGGACAAGGAGGGCAUCCCACCGGACCAGCAGAGGUUGAUCUUCGCCGGGAAGCAGCUCGAGGACGGGCGCACCCUUGCCGACUAUAACAUCCAGAAGGAGUCAACACUUCACCUUGUCCUCCGUCUCCGUGGUGGUAUGCAGAUCUUCGUUAAGACUCUCACCGGAAAGACCAUUACCUUGGAGGUGGAGAGUUCGGAUACCAUCGACAACGUGAAGGCGAAGAUCCAGGACAAGGAGGGGAUCCCACCAGACCAGCAGCGGUUGAUCUUUGCAGGAAAGCAGCUGGAGGACGGCCGCACUCUUGCUGACUACAACAUCCAGAAGGAGUCCACCCUUCACCUUGUCCUCCGUCUCCGUGGUGGUGCUUUCUGAGGAGUGAAAAAGCCCUGCUUUAUGAUUCAAAAUUGUUGUUUUAUGAUUUAUGGUUCUGUUUAAUUGUUUCUGCUUUAAUGGUGGAAACAUCUAAAACUCUUUUUAUAUUUAUAUUAUUAUGUCUAUGGCCCUGAUGUGGCCUUUAAAUAAAUUUGAUGCUGUUGCUAUGUUUGUGUAAGUA